ACGGAAUUCAAGCGCCGUGAUGGCUAUCUGAACGGGACUUCUAUGGAGGAGUCCGCCGCAAGACGCACCACGGGUCUUACCUCGCGUCUUCUGACCCAUCCGCUGACUGAGGAUGUCGAACAGAUCUAUGGGUAUGAUAACCGCGGGGGCACACAGCUUCAUGGGCUUAAUGACGGUCUUGUGCCCUAG